ACGUUCGAUGACGAGGUUCGUGUGUGGCAACAGCUCCGCCACCCCAACGUCCUCAAACUGUACGGUGCGUGUGACGUUGGCCUUGACCUGCUCUUCUUUGUGUGUGAGUACGCGAGUCAGGGCUCACUCCUAGAAUAUGUCAAGUCGUCAUCAGUGGAGAAAUCGGCGAUGUGGAGAUACUUACACGAGGCUGCGCUGGGGCUGGAGUAUCUCCACGAGCGCGACCUUGUUCAUGGCGAUCUGCGGUGCAGUAACAUCUUGAUCGGCAGUGAUUGCAACGCAAAGCUGUCGAACUUUGGGCUGAGUGGAUCAGCCAAGCGUUUCAGAGUAACAUCGGGCGAAGGAGUCAAUUCGACGCGCUGGCAGGCGCCAGAAGUUGUGAAAGGGGAGUCGCCAGCGUAUGAAUCCGAUGUGUAUUCUCUGGGAAUGUGCAUUUUGGAAGCUUCGACGAAGAAGAGACCUUGG